CCCUAGAAAAAGGCGAAAGGGAUCCACCAGGUAAGCAUACGCUUGCGCGAUCGAUCACUCGCCUGGCCCGCAGCAAUGCGGCAGCAGCAAUGAAGAGAUUGCAGUCGAGCAAUGCGAGACGGACCCGCUUCUCGAGGUCCGCCUCCCUGCCUGGAGCAGCGUCGCCGCGUCUCAAAUUCCAUGGCUGGAAGACGAGCGUCGCGGUGAUCCUCGGCGGCACGCUGCUGCUCGUCUCGGUCUUCUAUCUCCAGGCUCGGCUGGGCGGAUUUGGGUCGGUACUGAGCGGAUCGAGCAGCGUAGAGGAAGACAAGGAUGAUUUCUCGGUCCAAGCGCAGAGGCUCAAGACUAUGGGAAGAAAAGCAGCGGUGGAGGAGAGUAGCGGCAAGAAGAUGGAACUAACCGACUUGGAGCAAGAGAAUGCCGAGUUUGAGAGCUUGGAUAGAGCAGCCGAGGCCAAGAUGGAGGAGCUGGAAGACGAGGAUAUGGAGCUAGACGAUGCGGUGAUCGAGGACGUGGAUGUUUUGAGGCAGGAUCAGGCUCGGCGAGAGGAAGAGGAGGAAGAUCUAGAGGGUGAAGAGGGCGAUGAGGUAGAGGACGAGCAAGAUCAGGAGGUUCCAGUUUCUUUUCGAGGGGGUGUGGAUUCGAAGGGUGGUGAUGGUGGUGGCGAUGAGAAAGUUCCGAGGAACAAGACUGAGAAGAGGUUGGAAAGGCUGGGCCAGAUCAAGAGUUUGGAGCGGCAUAGCCCGGAGGAGAGUGGGAAGAACGAGAACGAUACUGGGAGAGUUUUGUGGGACAGUGUUCUUGGUGUGAUCAAGAUGCCGGUGGACGCAAAGCCUGCGGUUUUUGGUGGACGGAAGCUUGGACUUGGGAAAGAUUCCUUCCAAGCUGAAACCAAAGAUGCUGGGAGGGAGAAGCUGUCCUUUAGCAGCGACGACGAGCCUUUGGAUACGAACCAAGUUGUGGACUUUGAGGACGCUCUCUUUUCAAGGAGGGAGAAGCAGGCUAGCUCUAAGCUGCUAGGUGCGAGUGCCUCUCAGAAGCAACGCGUUCCGCCUAAGAACGUUUUCGACGCGAGGUUUGCGAAGAGGAUCCUCCGGCCACCUUUCGAUCCUACAGGGAGCGCGCUUUUGCAAGACCCAGACACUCUGGAGCCUUGGGGGCUCACCAAGAGCGACCGAGCAAUGUCCCGGAGCUUUCGAAAAUCCGCGAUGGAGGAAGCUGCUACUAGCGACGCUAAAGAGAAUGCGGAAGACAAAAGCGUCGAGGUGGAGGGGAAAGUAAAGGCCGGGAAUGGCAGGAAAGAGCUGCUGGAAACGCACGAAAAGAGGAGAAAGCGAGCAAAAGGAGACACUCGGAGAUGGGGGUACUUUCCAGGUCUCGACUCGAUGCUAUCGUUCUCCGAGUUUAUGGAGCGUUUCCACGGGGAGAAUGAAUGCGAGCUCAACGUUUUCCAAGCGUGGAACUCGCCACCCUGGUCGUACACAGUCCGGCAUCAGCGAGGACUCGAGAGCCUGCUUCACUUCCAUCCGAAAGCUUGCGUCGUGGUCUUCUCGGAGACCAUGGAACCUGGUUUUUUCGAUAAGUUUGCGAAGAAAGGGCUGAGAGUGGCUGUGGUACGUCCGAACCUCGAAGAACUCCUGGAAAAUACACCAGCCGAGAUGUUUGCAUCCGUCUGGGUGGAGUGGAGAAGAGUCGAGCUUUUCUACAUCCAUUACAGCGAAUUGCUGCGUCUGGCUGCUCUGUACAAGUAUGGAGGAGUGUAUCUGGAUUCCGAUGUGGUUGUCCUCAAACCGUUAACUUCUUUGCAGAACGCGGUGGGGAUGGAAGCUCUGGCCGAUGGCAAAACGAGGCUAAACGGCGCGGUGAUGGCUUUUAAGAAAGCAAGUGUGUUCCUCAAAGAAUGCAUGGAAGAGUACACUGCAACGUACGAUGACAAGCUUCUCGACUACAAUGGCGCCGACUUGCUCACUCGCGUCGCAAGUAGCGCGAUCCCUGGCCAGAGUAACCGGACAUGGCAAGAGAGCGAGCAAGAGUUACGCGUACUUCCAUCGUCCUCGUUCUUUCCUUUAAGUUCCUCCAACAUCAAGAGUUACUUCUUCGGCAAGAGGAGUAGCAGCGAGAGUUAUGGAAUGGAAGACGAUCGGAAAGUGAAAGAAGAGGCUUUAUUACUACUCGAUGGCGCGUACACGCUCCACUUGUGGAACCGCGAGACAAAGUCGCUGGUUCCAGAGAGCUACAGCCUCGUGGGAUUCGCGCUGGAGCAGCACUGCAUCUGGUGCAGUGACGUGAUCUAGACGAUGGAUGAUCGAUCGAGAGAAGCUCGCUCGCUCGCUCGAUCGAUCGUUCGCUUUGCUACGGCAAGUAAGUAACGUCCUAGGCGAGCUCUUCUUUCUCAAAGCGACGACGGGAAAAGCUCGCCUAGGCAGUAAAAAAGAGUAAAAAAAGUGUGAGAAGUGAUGUAUUGUAAUCUACCUAUAGGCUAAAAGCGCUAUAGAACAAAGCUAGCAGCGUUUUGUA